AUGAAGAAAGUCACUAAAAAAAGCAACACUAAGAAAAAGGAGGAAAAAAAAAAUCUUCUGAAGGAAUUAAAAAAAUUAAACGAAGAUCAGAAUGCAGAAAACAAAGUCGUUGAUGAUAUUAAAGAAAAAAUUAAGAACAUAGAUUCAACUGUUUUUCUUGGUUAUCAUGACAUAAAGAUUCUAAAACUGGAGCAAAAAAGAAAAGAAAUCGUAUUAGAAGAAAACAAAUCUUACAAAACAUUGUCCUCUAGAAAAGUAGAAAAUGUCAUAAACAAAUUUGUGCUUAAGUGCUACGAAUCCUUUUUAGACAACUUGGCAAAAAAUGAAAUUGAGUUGCAUGAACAUACAAAAAUUUCAGAGGAGGAGAAAAAAAAACAACAAGAAGACAAAAAUUACGAGAAAUUAGCAACAGUUACAAGCAUCCAACAUUUGAAUAAAUUAAAUUCAAUUAUCCUAUCACAAAAUGAAAUGAUAGCUGAAAUUAAUAGGAGGUUUACCAAUAGUCUUAAAAAAACAAAGACCAAUUAUUCGCAGAAGAUUAACAUUGAAAGGGAAAAACUAGACAAGCAGAGGCAAAAGAUUAUUUUUAAAUUGCAAUCCGAAAAAAAUGAAACCAUCAAAAAUAUCCUUACGGAGCAGAAUGAAAAAAUUCGAAACUUGCAAGAAUACUUCAAAAUAAUUCUAGAUGAUCAAUUGGGGAUCAUUCAAAAUUUGCAGAAUGAAAAACUGAAUAAGAAGAAAGUGUUCCUCUCAAAAAAAAAACAUUUAGAAGAAUUAAUAAAGGAUAUAACGAUCCAUAAGAAAAAGUUGGAACAUUUGGACAAAGAUGUGGAAAUCCUUGAAAAGAACAUAGUAGAUUAUGAAAAGCUAAAAAAUAAUUCGAAAAAAAUAAAAGAAAAAAGAAAAAAACAACAACAAAUUCUGACAGAAUUAAAAUUGGAAGCCGACAUAAAAAAAAUGCUCUUGGCGAAAAUUUCCAAAGAGUACAAGACUGCCUAUGCCAAUAGUAGAAUGAAACUUUAUGGAUAUCUUCAAAGAAUAUUGUUAGAGAACUAUUUCUUAGAGACAAAAAUAAAAUUGAAGAGCGAUGCCCUAGAGAUAAGAAACCUUGAGUUAUCCAAAUGGAAAGAGUCAUUGAACGUGGAUCAAAACGAAAUAUUGAACAAUACAUUGAGGAAGAAAUUUCACAAAUUUGAAAAAUUAAGAAAGGAUGUUGAUGAUUUAAUAGAAACAAAUGAAAAAAACAAAGAAGAUUACGAGGCGAUAAUGCACCUUAACUAUUUUUCAAAUGAAGAUUUAGAUGUCUUAAAAAGGGAAAAUGUGUUUUAG